AUGCCAGCCUGGUAUGUAGCUGCGUGUAGAGCAAAUGUUAAAUCAGGUGCAAUUAUGGCAUCAUUAUCAGAACAAGAAAUACAACGAGAAAUUGGCAUUAGUAAUCCUUUGCAUAGGCUAAAACUACGCUUAGCUAUACAAGAAAUGGUGGCUUUAACUUCACCAACACCAGUUCCUAAGCCAAGUACAAGUCGUUUGGCAUUUGGUGAUAUGAACCAUGAAUGGGUUGGUAAUGUAUGGCUGCCUAGCCUCGGAUUGGCUCAAUAUCGUCCAGCUUUUAUGGAGUGUUUAGUCGACUCACGUAUGCUUGACCAUCUGACAAAACGUGAUCUACGAACUCAUUUAAAAAUGGUUGAUAAUUUGCAUAGAACAAGUUUACUAUAUGGUAUUGUCUGUUUAAAACGCUUAAAUUAUGAUCGACUGGAAUUGGAGCGUAGACAACGUGAAGCUGCACAUCCUGAUAGCAUUGAUUUAUUAGUUUGGUCCUGUGAACGUGUUCAAGCUUGGCUAGAUGAAAUUGGUCUUAAAGAAUAUGCACCAAAUUUAAACGGGUCCGGUGUACACGGUGGUGUGAUUGGCUUACAUCCUGAUUUAAAUGCUCAACAAUUAGCUUUAACACUUCAAAUUCCUACAUCGAAUACAACAGCUCGUGCUACACUAGCAAGAGAGUUAACUCAACUUGUCCAACGUUUUCGUGCUAAUGUGCCUAUUGCAGCAGCUAGUAUUGGACCAGCUCCAAGAGUACUGGCAAUGGAAGCUGCUGCUGUCGUUGCAGCUAACAGAGCUCGAGCACAAUUUGAUAAUCAAGAUAUUUCUUAUCCUGAUGAUGGAUUCAAUGAAACAGCUAUAACUAGUGACGGGGAUGUUAUCGAGCCAACAGAAGAUCGAGCUACGCCUACAAAUACAUCUGAACAAAGUCAAACAGAUACACAACGAACACAAUUAGAAUUAUCCAAUUCUAAUUCUGAUAAAAGUAUUGCUAACAGUAAUAAACUGUCAGAUGUUUCAACAACUGCAAAUCUAGACGCUAACACCAUUAACAAUAAUAUUGUAAACAAUUCUGCCCACGGUAGUGGUAGUAGUAGUAGUAGUACUCCUACCACUACUUCAGCUAUUCCUGGCAAUCAAGGCAUUACAACAACAGCAUCACAGAAGAAACGAGCUCCUCAGGUACCUAGUGUGACUACAGCCUCAUCAAUGAAUAAAUCAACUACUUGA